UAUCUCUACACAAACAGGAAUACAUUCAUUUUAUUAAGAUCUAAAUAUUUGUUGUAUUACAAAAAUGGAUAAUGAUAAUGAAGAUAUCGAUUCGUGUGAUUUUGCCAAUAUUUUUGAGCGAAACCCUGGCUCAGCACCCGAGGCAGAGGAAUUGGCCCUUCUUCCCCCGGAUCAUCCGCUCCUGCGCAAGUUCCAAGAGUCUUUGAAGGGCCACUUAUUACAUAAUAAACUUGAUAUAGAAAAUGAAAUUGCAGAUAUAAAAUAUCAAGUAAAGCUGAAAGAGCAACGACGAGAAGAGCAAGGAUUGGCUUUAUAUGGUAUGCAACAAAAAAUGGGAUUUCAAGAAGAACAAAUUAAGGAAUUAUCUUUGGCAAUCGAAAACCAUUUAUUAAAUCUUAAGGUAGAAAGGGUAAAUGCAAAAGCUUUAAAAAACGAAUAUGAAGAAAAAGUGAUGCUUACAAAUUCACAAAAAGUACUAUAUCAUGAAAAAAUGGUGGAACUCGGAGACUUGCAAAGCUUAGGAAGUAAUAUCAAGAAAUGGGCUUAUAACAUUGAGGAUGAAGUUAAAAAUGCUAAAAGAAUUGCUAGUAGAGACGCACAACUGCAAAACCAACUGUCACAGGAAAAACGAAAGUCAGAUAUACUUUUUUACAGACUGAAUUUCGAAGUUAAAAAGAGAGAUGACGAGUUACGUUCGAUUUGUGAAGAAGAAACAGCAAUGAACGAGGUCGUCAAUAUGUUAAGUAUGAGCAUAGCCAAUGCGAACACUGACCUAGAGGUUUUGCAAAAUGAACAUAAGCGUCUCACACAAGCUUGGAGCGAGGUUAUUAUAGCUAUUCAGCUGAGGGACAACAUUUUGUUUCAAGUUCAGGAUACGAUAAGAAAAAACAGGGAAUUAAUUAAAAUUAAUUUGGAUGGAAUAGAAACUAUCAAAAAGCAAAUUGGAAAAGAAAUGGAACUUAAUAGAAAACUGGAGUCAUUUAAACAACGGCUGGCCGAUGAUACUAAUUUACUAAGACGAAACUAAAUAAAAUGCGUGAAAACAUUUUUAAAGAAUAAUCAUUACAUGAGUGUAAGCAUCUUUGAGUAUAAUGAAGAGACCAACAAAUAAUUGGGCCACUUUUUGAAUCGGAGAUUGAGAAACCAUGUCAUAUAAACAUGAUGUUUCUGGAAGAUGGAGAAUGUGGACAUUACAUGUUCAUUAAAAAUAUUUUAAGAUUAUUAACAAUACAAAAGGGGUCUCAAAAGAG